CGCCUAUGCUCAAGGCUGGUUGGUUGCUUGGUUGGUUGGUUGGUUGCUUGGUUGACUGGGUUGUUGCUUCCCUUAUCCGCUCUUUCAUCGUCUUGAAGAUUGUGCGGAGGCGAGGAAAAGGCUGUUCCAAAGUCACGAUGUCAGAAGUUGGAAGAAGCGUCAGAUUGGUCCAACAUGGCACAAGCUUUGAGAUUGGUGCUCCUAACGGGGUUUGUGUUGGCAUUCCAUUGUAUUGGUGCCAGCGACUCAAUGGAAACACAUGAAGAGGAAAAACGCUUCAAAACGUCUCCUUUCACUUGGUCCAAUCCAUUGUCUGGGUACAACAUCGUGUUGGUUCGUGUGCCCAACCAUUCGCCACAAGAGGACAAGUAUCAACUGCAAGGAAGGUUUCUUAUGGAAUGUUCUUCGCUAAUCUUCCAGUGAUUCGGGGAAGUUCCAAUCCGUUUUCCAAUCAGAAUUCGCCCUCGAAAAUGCGUCAAAAUUAUGUUUUGAAAUGGUUCAGCAAAUAUCCUUACCAAACCAAAGGUUAAAGUGUCAUUUUCUUUGAAAUAGCAUCAUGUAUGCCCUGAUGAGUGGAAAAUGAAAGAUGAUACAAUCACUGACGAUAUUUGGAUACUCAAAAUCACCCAACCUCGUUUUAGCCAAACUUCGAACUAUUCUUUUUCGAGAAAGAAUGACUCUUUACAUUGAUUGCUGAUGUACAAAACUGCGCAAACUGCAGAGGUCACAUUUUUUAAUACUGAAUGAAAAUUGGGAUUGAAAACUA